AUGGCUACCAGAGAUAAAUGGUAUUUUUCAAAGGAGGAACUGGAGAACACACCAUCUAGGAGAUGCGGAUAUGAUUCCCAAAAAGAGCUGUCCUAUAGACAGCAAGCAGCCAAUUUCAUUCAGGACAUGGGCCAACGACUCAAAGUUACUCAAUUAUGUAUAAACACUGCAAUUGUGUAUAUGCAUAGAUUCUAUGUGUUCCACUCAUUCUCUAACUUCUUGUGGCAUCACAUGGCUGCUGCAGCAUUGUUUCUUGCUGCAAAAGUGGAAGAACAACCAAGGAAACUGGAAUACGUAAUUAGGAUAGCAAAUGCUUGUAGGAACUCCAAAGACACAGUUUUGGAUGUUACAUCAGAAAAGUACCUGGCCCAAUCACAAGAUUUAGUUUUUAAUGAAAAUGUACUCCUCCAAACAUUAGGUUUCGAUGUAGCUAUUGAUCACCCCCACACCCAUGUUGUAAGAUGCUGUCAGCUUGUUAGAGCAAGCAAAGAUUUGGCGCAAACGUCGUAUUUUAUGGCAAGUAACAGCUUGCAUCUAACCACAAUGUGCCUACAGUAUAAGCCAACAGUUGUUGCCUGUUUUUGCAUACACUUGGCUAGUAAGUGGUCCAGUUGGGAGAUACCACUUUCUUCUGAACAAAAGGAGUGGUUCUCGUAUGUAGACCCUACUGUCACAGCUGAAUUGCUCCAACAGUUAACAGAGGAAUUUCUUGUUAUAUUUGAGUCAAGCCCAUCAAGACUCAAAGAAAAAAUUAUAGCUAGUGAAAAUCAAUCGAACAACCCGGAUCAGGGAAAUUUCACAAUGGACGAUCUAAGGAAGGGUGAAGCUAAAGAUCCACAUGGACAUAGAUCACAUGAUUCUAAAAAUGAUGAUUCUCAUAAAGGCAGAUCAUCUAGGCCACAUGAUCCUAAUAGUUUAAGAGAGAGAGAAUAUAGGGAGAGAAAAGAAAGAGAAAGACUGGCAGCACAGCAACAUGGAUCGAAGUUAUCAUCGUCCAGUAGUGGUCAAAAACUACCACCUCAUGGGCAUCAUAGACACCCAGUCGAUCCUAAUAAAUAUAAAUCAGCAUCGCAAUCACACUCAAGGCCACCAAGUUCCAGUACAGCAUCAGUUCCUCCGUACCCCGGGCAUAGAGUUGAAUCUCGCGAUGCACAUCGAGAAGUUGCUCGUGAUUCAUCAUUUGGUGGUGUACCCCAUAGUAGAGACUCCCAUCACGGGAAAGAAUUAGUGAGAGAUCCGCAGCAAGUGCGUGGUGAAAAAGACAAACGGGACUAUUUAUUGAAACAUAAUUCUAACGAUACAAACAGUUUAGCUAAUAAAUAUAUGGCCGGAUACGUGCCGGAAAAACAUCGAUCUUCUAGUGUCGAUCCUAAUGUGACAGAUAAGCAUCGGUCAUCAUCUUCACAUGUUGACCCGAAUGUUAUGGAUAAACAUCGAUCAUCAUUAUCACAUAUUGAACUGAACAUGCCGGAUAAGCAUAGGUCAUUACCCUCGCAUGUUGAUCUGAAUAUCUCAGAUAAAAAUCGCUCGUCGUUAUCCCAUGUAGAUUCCAAUGUCACAGAUAAAAAUCGAUCAUCAAGUGUUGAUCUUAAUAGACCGCCUCGUUCAAUGGACACUAGUAAAGUUCCUUCAGGUAAACAUGAUCAAGUGCGCAGAACACGUGAGGAGGUAAAACCUUUACCUAAAAACGAAUCAGACCAUAUAAAGAAACACUUAAAUUCCAGUGCUUAUUAUGUGAAACCCACUCAUUCUACCUCGCAGAAAGUUAAUUCAGAUCCAGUUAAAUCUUCCGUCCUUAAACAGUCUUCGAAUUCAAGUUCCCAUCUUAAAUCUGAGAAGCCACAUCAUCACAAUGGAAACAACAGCAAUUCUUUUGAUUCAAUUUAUUCAAAUUCUAAUUUUGUAAUGGAGUCUGAAAAAGUAAAAACAGAGGCAAAAGUGGAUAUUAAUGAAAAAAUUCCAACACCUCAAGUUGUCAAACGACCAAGUUUGUUUUCACCUACAGACACUCCACCUAAAGAAAAUUCUACUUCUUUGAAAACAAAUUCCACUAAUAAAAAAGAAGAUUUGCAGUCUCCUUCAACUGCUCCUAUUACCUUUAUGCCUUUGGGAGAAAGUUCUAUGGGUAGUAUACAAAGAAAUGCUGAACCAGAACUCAGACCUGUUAUGAAAAAAAUCGAUGAAAUAGAAGGUUAUGAAAAUAUAUUGACUUCAUCAUCCAUUGGAGUAGGUGGUAAUGUGCAUCUGGAUACCCCUGGCUUGAUAUCACCUAUUAGAGAUAAAUCAUUACCUCCAGGAAUUAAAGAAGAGAAAAAUGUUGCUACCACACAAUUGGUUAAUGGCGCAGAUACUAAUCCUGAAGUAAUUAGUAAUUUAUUGAAAGAAACACCAUCAAUAUUACAAUUAUCUCAACCUUUGGAACCUCAAGUAGUUCAAGAAACUGUAAUUCAAAAUGUAGAGCAAGAAAAGAAAGAAAAAGAACAUCAUCAUAAAAGUAAAAAAAAAAAUAAAGAGAAACAUAAGCAUAAAGAUAAGGAUAAAGAAAAGGAAAAAGACAAAGAGAAAAAGAAGAAGCAUAAAGAUAAAGAUCGUGAUAGACAUAAACACAAGGAUAAGCAAAAUGAGACUAAUCUGAAUGAAUCAAAUGUUCCCUCAGAACCCAAAGUUGUCCUCAAACUACCCAAAUCAAAAAUUCAAAACACAUUGCCCUCUUCAGAGACAACAGCAACCAGCCCCCCGAGUUUGAAAAUACGAAUCCCCAAAGAUGUGAUCAAGACUGAGAAUUCAGGAGAACUGUCACAACCAGUUGUGCAGCCAAAUUCUGUUGGUGGAUUCAAGAUCAAGAUUCCUAAAGACAUCAUAAAUAAUUGCAGUAGCGGUGAUUCUUCUAGUAGAAAACGUGAGAGGGAAAGAAAUUCAACUGAUGGCCCACCUGCUAAAGCACCUAAAACUGGAGUCAAAGAGAAGCAAAAUGGUCGACACUCAUACAAUAAGGUGAGUCAAUUUCAAAACCCGAUUUUCAACUCAAGACUCGAAGGGAACCAAAACAGCAGUUCAAUACAAAGUUCAAAUAUGCAUCCCCAAAUGAACUAUCCAAUGCAUCAUUUUUCCUCACAUCAGGGCAUGCAUCCGAUGUAUUCGAACCACUCUAAUUUUCCUUUCAUGAAUCCCAAUGAUUUGAUCCAACAUUCUAACUAUUCUCAAAUGAUGCAAAUACCUAUGCCUAAUUUGAAUGUUCCACCUCCCAGCAUGUAUGGGUAUCCUCCGCCUUAUUUUCAAACAUACAUGUGUCCUCCUGAAAUAUAUUCACAAGAAUAUAGUAAUCCCCCACUUCCUCCUGGAGCCCCCCCUCCUUCAGAAAGACCCCCUCCCCCACCACCUGAAUAGCGUGCCAUUUGAGUCUACAGUCUGAUGAGGUAGUUUUCUAUUUGAACCAUUUUUUUAAUGGUAUGUUGAAAAAUAUCAUUGUUAUUUUUAUUCAUUUUAUGAAUUAAUUUAUUUAUUGUUAAUAUUUUUAAAUAUAUAUUUACAUAUAUUUAUGUACAAAUGAAAUAUAUUUUUAUAAGAUAAUUCAAAAUGAACAAAACAUAAUUAAAAGUAAAUUGCUAUUUAUUAUUCAUAAUAAUUUUUAAAAAUAAUAAGUCUUAACCAGUCGUACUGAAUGUGAUAAAUUGCUACCAAAAAUUUUCGAUAUGUUGACCUAGGUUAUGCUUAAAAUAGCAUUAGAAUGCAUUAUCUGAUGCAGAAAUAAUUGAACACACCACAAAAUAUGAUGUUUUGAACAUCAUAAAACAUAAGAUUUUAACUAUAUAUGUAUAUCUAUUCCACAAAAUCAAUUUAUAAAAGAAAAGUGUGAUGAUUAUAUUAUUAUUUUAUUUUAUGUAGAUUUGACAAAAGAUUGCUUUAUCAAAGCAGUCUCCUGCAGAUACUGGUUAUCUUUAAAUUUGACUUUUUAACAUUGAAAUAUAUUCAUUAUUGUUCUCGAUAGGUUUUCAUAAUGUAAUUCCACAAUAGGUCGUAUCUUUGUAAGAGUAGUUUUUUCACAUUCCAGAUAACAUUUGAAGAAUACAUUUUGAAACGCAAAAAAAGUCUCAUGCUCAAUUUUAUUCUCGUCAUAUCAACUUCCUUUUAAGAAAUGGAAUUUUAAAUAUUAGUUCAUUGAAUAACCCUGUUUCAGUUAUCAGAAUAUUGUUGACACUUUCAUCGAAUUGAACAAAUAUUAAAGUACUUCAACAAGGAAACAUCUUUGAAGAAGGAAUUUUCUCCAGAACAAUGUAUUUUAAUAAGAAUUUUUACGAGUUGAAAAGUAUAAUUGACUAAAGACAUCGUGUUUUAAUAUUGCGGUUUUCUGAUUUCCCUUUUUACCUUGAAAUAAUCUUUGCUUUGAGCUAACCCAAUUUUGAUAUUUUAGAUUUGCUUUAUUGCCUAAAUUAUUUUUUCUUCACAAUCACUCCAUUUUAUAAAGUAGGAAAUUAUGUAAAAUUUAUUAUUGAAAUCGCGUUAAUAAUCAAUUCUUGAACUUUGUUCAUAAAAGUAAAAAUACCUUAUACAUUACUACAUUAUCCUGCAAUAAAAAUUAGCAAUAGUCAAUGAGAGAUUUACUUUUGCUUAUUCAAUUAACAUAAAAUAAAAAUGAUAUCAAAUGAGUACUAUAAGCGAUAGCACACUAGUAGAUGUAGAAUUUUGUUUGCAUGAUUAGAAUAUUCAAUUUUUGUGGAGAUUACUGAGCAAAGCACACAAUUGAUUUGAAUUAUUGCAUGUUUCCAUGUUUUUCCCUAUUUAUUGCUUAGAAAUAAAUGUAGAUGUAAAAAAUUUAAUUAGUUGGUGAAUUAUUUAUGGAUCUGUUUGAUGUAGAAAUUUUUUCAAACAGCUAUUAUUUUGAAACUGAUUUCAGAAGUGUUAUUUUCGAUAAUUUUAUAAGGAAACUAAUAAUUUAAAUUUGAUUUUCAAUUCAGUGGUGGAUAUUCCUUCCACCUAUAAAUUGAAAAUUUCUUUGGUCAUUCAUUUGGUGCUUAUAUGAUAGUAAAUAGAUAUAUUUUAAAAGUGCCAAUAAUUGUAAUUCAUUAGGGUAUUCCCUUUUGGGUACUUUUUUCCUACAUUAUUUCUAUAUCCAAUUUUUCGUCAUAACCUAGUUCAAAUAUUGUUAAAAUGGUACUAUUCUUCACCUGAGACUUUGUUUGAGUGAUGAUAUUUGUUCACCUGUCAAAAACUAUAUUUUUAAUAAAAUAUAACCUUUCUCGAUAAUUGACUGCCUUAACAUUCUGUUUGCUCACUCACACUUUCCCUUCAUGUUUCAAAAAUUAGACGUUUUUGCAUGUAAAUCUUUUUUUGCUUUUUUUUUAAUUACUCUUCUGAGCAUGUUCUUAUCUUUAUGUUUUGUUCGAAAAAUUUUUUUGGUUCAAGUUCUGAUACUAUAGUUUUGAAAAUAUUGUUCAAAAUUUGAAAAUGUAAUAAAAACUUGAUCUUGAUAAAA